AUGUUGUCGUUGACAAAGACAAAGAGGUGGCUUUGUACACUUUCCGUUCUCAUGUUUGUGAUCGCUUUCGCGCUUUCGGGGCAGAUCCUUCCCAGGUUCGUGCCGAGCCAGUGCACCUCAGAAAAGGGCAUGUGCACGCCGGGAACGUAUGACAAAUGCAUUGACCAACUCUUGGCAGACUGGGAAACAGCUUUUGGCUUACUGCAGCUGUUGCUGAUGGUUCAUGAGUUUGCGAGGUGGAUUUGUAGUGACAAGGACUCGGCCAUGUCUGUGCCAACUGUCGGUGAUGUUCAGCGACAGAUGCCGAAACCAGAUGAGAUGAAACGAUUGGUCAAAUACAAGGGGCCAAGCGGUGAGAAGGCUGUUUUGAAACAAGCGGCAACAAAUUCCGAGCUGCAGAAAGCGGUCGAAUUAGGAGAUGCUGAGAUGAUCAAGGCAAUUUUGCGGUUUGGCUUGAUGAAACGUUGUGUGAACGUGAAUGCCCCUCUCUGGCCAAAACGAGAGCGUCUGCUACAUUUGGCUGCGCAGAAAGGAUUUCGAGAUGUCUGCAUACUUCUGCUAGAGGCCAAGGCAGAAAUUGAUGCAGAAGAAAUAUGUGAUGGAAAACAUCCAGUCCAUGAAGCUUGCAAACACGGGCACUACGAUGUGUGCGAGUUACUCUUGGAUCGCAGAGCUCACAUUGAAGAAGCUACCUUUACAGGAAUGCGGCCUCUGCACUGGGCUGCAUCGGAGGGCCAUGCUGAGAUUUGUGAUAUGCUGUUGGACAGAAAAGCAGUUCCCUAUGCUGCAUCAGGUGACCUCCGGGAGGUUCUCCACCACGCAGCGGCCAAGGGCCAUGCAGCAGUCGUCGAGUUGCUUUGCCGGAGGGGUGCCAAGCUUGAUUCCGAUGGCCCAGGACAGAGUCCUUUGCAUUUGGCCUGCUUGGGUGGGCACCUGCAGGCAGCCAAGGCACUGUUGGAUCACGGCGCCUUGAGCUCGCUACAGGACUUUGGUCCCAAUGGCGCUUUGAGGAGGUGCCAAGACACGGACAUCGAAGACUUAGUGCGCUGCAUUGGGCAGCUCAACCUCAAAGUGGAUGAAGCUGAAGAGAUGGACGACAUGGGACAGCACGAUGAAGCCCAAGCACUCUAUGCGGAAGUGUUGGCAGAUUUUGAUAGGCUUGGUAUGGUCCAUUCAGCCCAAUCCCUGCGAGCCAGCUUGAAGCUGCGAGCUAAUGUUGAGCAGAAUCUGAAGGGGCGUCGAGUUGCUCGGAAUCUGCCGGAUGCCAAGCUGGCGCAACAUCCUGUGCGAACCUGCGGUGCAUUCGUUGAUGCCCCGGAGGCCCGCCCUCAUGUGGACAUGACACUUCGGUCCGUCGGUGCAGAUGAGACAUGCCUGCAAGUAGUUGAGGAUGCUGAUGGUCUGCAGCUUGCAAGCUCGAAUUCAAGUUCUUGUACAGUCUUCCGCUUCAACGGCGCAUCAAUCUUGGCCAAGGUGCACAACGACAGCCUCACAUGGGCGGAUGCUUGGAAGUUGGUACCUUGUGCGUCCAAAUCCAUUAAGUUUGUGCAGCGUAAGCUGCCAAAGGAUGAGGCGAGGCAAUGUAAGGAUCGCAAUCAAGGUGCUUUAAGGUGCUUUUGCCCAUGCUGCUCUGGAGGGCCUCUAUUGCGCUGGUAA